GACAAGCAGUAAAGAGGCGCUUAAAGAUGGCCGCUACCGUCAGCAGCUUCAAAGUUACUAGUUUGCGCUGUCUAUGUCCCGUCUUUCAUUCAAAAAACUGGUUCUUUUUAUUAUAUCUGCUCGUAGCUGUUUUUAGUUGUCAGUGCUUCUCAGCAGCAGACGAACAUGACUUUACGGAUGACUUUUUUAAGAAGGAGUAUUCUCUAGCCAAACCGUACAGCGGGCUGGGCUUCUCUAGUUUUUCGCAGUGGGACCUCAUGGGAACCGCCAUGGUGACACCUGAUCACAUCCGGCUGACCCCAGACCUGCAGAGCAGACAAGGAGCUGUGUGGAGCCGCGUCCCUCUUAUUUUGAAGGAUUGGGAGCUCAAGGUGCACUUUAAAAUCCACGGCCAGGGGAAGAAGAACCUAAAUGGCGAUGGACUGGCCAUUUGGUUGACUAAAGAUCGCAUGAAUAACGGUGCUGUGUUUGGAAACAUGAAUCAGUUCACUGGGCUUGGAGUUUUUCUGGACACCUACCCCAAUGCUGAAAAGAGCCAUGAUAGGAGUUUUCCAUACGUAUCUGUGAUGCUCGGGAACGGCAGCCUGCUGUACGACCACGACCAGGAUGGCCGGCCUACUGAACUUGGUGGAUGUUCAGCUGCGGUGCGGAACUCUGUUCACGACACAUUCCUCCUCGUCAGAUACUCCACAAACAGACUGUCGGUCAUGGUUGAUGUCGAUGGUAAAGGGGAAUGGAGAGCGUGCGCUGACAUCACUGGGCUGCGGCUUCCAAUCGGUUACUACUUUGGUGCCUCCUCUGCUACAGGAGAGCUGUCAGAUAAUCAUGACAUCAUCUCCAUGAAGUUAUACCAGCUGACAAAUGAGCCGACUUCUGAGGAAGCUGAAGAGGAGGAAGAGGUCACCAUUCCUAGAGUCGACAACAUGGAACAAUUCCAAGUCAAAGUGGAAGAAGGAGGAGGAAUGAGCGGACUGCAGCUGUUCUUCACCCUCCUCUUCUCCAUCCUGGGCCUUGGCGUGCUGGGCGUGGUGGCGUUGAUCGUCUACAGCCGCUGGAAGGAAAACAAACGCAAACGUUUCUAUUGACAACAGUGGAUCCAUGCAGGUUUUCAGAGUCUGAUGUCGACCGCCGCUGCUAGUUUUGCCAUGUUGACCUACAAUAAACACUGUUGUACAACCGAACUCAAGGUGAACAGUUUAGAGCCACGAGAACAUAAAGCACCUUUUAAAGAGGAGGGUGGACUGAGAGCAGCCAUCAAACUUGGCUGAAAAAGACCAUUAAUAUGAACAUUACUGAAUGUACCGUAAUAUAGCAUUUACAGUUAUUCAGACUGAAUAAUAUUUAGCAUAUCUUCAGAAUAUUGAACAGGAUGUCAGCAUUUCUGUCCCACAUCCAAAAAGACGUGUAAUAUUUCAGAAACGUUUUACCCAGAAUGAUCUUUUCAUUGCCUUUGUCGUUUUACACUGGAAGGUGAAGCUAGAAAAAAAGCUCCACCUCUCAGGAGAGCUCUGUGUUGUCUUUACUACAUCUUGUAGUUGCACUGAAAGUCUGAGCAGAUUUCUACAAAAUGCUAAACCCAUUUUGUAGCAACAAAAGGACAGAAAUGAUCUAAGCAGCUGGCAGGAGCCAGGACAACAAAAGCCCUUUAGGUCGUUUUUAGUUGUCAUUGAAUCUAUAAAUGUUGUUCAACACCUGGGGAGAAACCAUUUUUGCAAGUUGUAAAUCAAAUUUCAUCAAGACGUGUUUUUUAUAAUAGUCACUUGUGCCUUAGCUAUUUGAUAGAAAUGCUGAACUUAAAACCAUCCAAAUGUCAGGACAUGAGUAAAGUACAGGAACCCUUUCUUCUCUCCCAGUUUUCCUGUCAUUAUCGAUGCUUCUGUUUUUAUUUUCACUGCAUCCAUUUCCCAGAAAGCAACUGCUGGGAUGGUUGGUGCUGAAGUUCCAGUGUGAACUGGAAGCGUUUAGGAAAUGGAUGCAUCCACUGGACAGAGAAGUUUUUCCCUGCAGAAAUCUGCUCGUCAGAAUGAAUGUUUCCAAAAAAAAAAACGUCCCAGAGAUCAUUGCUGGAGACUGCAGUCGUCACAGACCACGUAAAGGUUGAAACGAUCAAAUUCCACGAUCUGCUGUAAACCUACAGGAGGAAUAUGGAUGAGGGAAAGGAUUUAUUGUUGCGUCAUUCAGGAUCAGGAAAACUCAGCUGCUGCACAAUACUCUGCCUUCCAAAUGAUUAUGCUAUGGAUAUUUUCUAUGAUUCUUCUAAAUAGUUUAGGCAAAUGACAGUCAGCAUCAUUUUCAAGACCCCAACUGAAGGAGUACAAAUGAAAUGUUAUCAAGCAAAAAUCCCGAUGAUCACAGUAUUUCUUUAAAUGGCAAACCUAAAACACAAAUCCAAAUGAUAGUUUUCAGUCAUUUGUUCAAUUUGCAGCAUUAGGUCAUAUUUAUUCAAAUCAAAAGCUCUUUCAAUCAGAAACCUCUAAACAGGUCAAGUUACAAUUUAACAUUGGACCCUGUGUGCGAUAGCAGCUUCACAGUUCUUGCAUCCAUUGAAUUAGGAGUUUUUAGAGAGUUUCUAUUAUGCUUUAUAUCUAUACCAGCACUUAAAUGCAGAUCCUUUUCUUCCUGUGCAACAUCACCCUGCAAACUCGACACCAGAUUCUUGGUGUUCUGCCCUCAAAGAUGAUGCCGAUCUGUUCCUCAAAAUGAGUCAUUUUGAUUGUUUUAACUGCCCUCUGAUCCGUUCAUACCCACACAAUCUGAAAGGGAAGUAGAGCCUCCUUGAAAUCGCUGUCAACUUCUGUCCUUGUGUCUUUGAUGCACAAAAAAACCAUUUCUGAUGUUAUAGCUUCGUUGUCGUUGACGGUCAGCAAGCCAAACAACAUCAAGCAAAAAGAAAAUCCCCUCUGCUGCUCCUGCUCUGCAUCGGUUUCAUGAGAAUGGCUCUCGUGUGGCGCAAAUCAAUAGAAAACGCCCAUCACAGCCUUCUGUUAUUCUAUUGAAAUCAAACUUUUUUUUAAACCCUCAGCUCAAGACAUUUGUCAGAACAAACUUUGAGUAAUGCACAGAAAUGCAUACACUGACCAGAGUUGCAGCAACAUUUGCGAUGAGUUAGACUAAACUUCCUAAAGUCAUUUGACUUGAUGGUUAGGAUUGACCGGUUAGGUUCUGGUUUAUUGGACACCACUGGAUAAUCAGUUGUAUUUUUUUUCUACCUAAAUAGAUUUGACUUAACCACAUUUUUCAGAAUCUUAUCAACAAUGUUUUCAUCUAAAAAUAGGUUAAAUCAAAGUUUUCUUUUCACGUUUAAAAAAGUGCUUUUGCAGGACAAGAUCCAACACAUUUAUAUUUGUAACAGCUAAAUGUUUCUUUUUUCCCUUGUUUUAGUUUUUGUGAUGGUGGUUAUUUAAACAUGUGUUCAUAUCAAGCACACAAACCCAUGAAUACAGAAAUCAAAAUCAUCAAAAAAGUAUUUAUUCAGCCAUCGAUUCUGCAUCUUCACUUAAAAAGAUGUCUUCAUCGUAUGGAUAUCUCAACCAUGAGAGUCUAAAGGAGAAAAUCCAGAAAAGAACAUUUUUAAAGAAUUGAUUUGUAAAUAUUUGGUCAAUAACAAAUGUCAACUCAAUACUUUAUUUACUCUUUGUUGGCAAAUGACAGCAGUCAAACAUUUUCUGUAAGUUUUCCCAAAGACUUCUCAAAUUUUCCACCAUAAUUUACAAAUCCAUCCUUUAAGGCUGCAUUUAAGUCAGACCAUGUCAUUCUGUCUCUCAUAGUUGAGGUAUACCUAUGAUGAAAUGUACACGCCUCUCCUCUUUUUAAGUGGGAAAAGUUGCACUGUUGGUGGCUGAAUAAAUCCUUUUUGCCUCACUGUAAAUCAAAGGAUUUGAAAACGUCAUAAUGUUCUCACUAAACAAAGUUCCUCUGAUUAUUUGGUGGCAGUUUUAUUGUUCCACAAUUUAAAAAAAAAAGUCAUUUGAGUGGAAGAUGAACUGUUCCAUAUGAAAACACUGGUAAUGUUUCAUUUUCACUGCUGUGGUUGCAUCUCUUCCGCUAUCUCUAGAUAUUUUAUUUGUUAUUUUCUUCAGUUAAAUCUACCGUUUAGUGGAUGAUUCUGUGUUACAGAUCCGCCAAAUGAUGAAUUGCAAGUUGUCCUUUCCUCUUGUAAAAGUCUUUGCCAACAUGAUAGAAUUAGUUGUUCAAAGCCACCGUUGUUGCUAAAGGAAAACUUUUGUUUAGGGUCGUUUGGUUUAGGAAAAAAAAUGUGAUUGUCCAAGAAAGUCAAAAAUACAAUGAUUUUUGUACUACUGUGAAGUUUGUGUAUUUGAGUGUUUUUUUAUACAGCAUUUUACUGUGAGAUUCAUUGCAUUAAAAUGUCAGUUUUUAAGAUUA